GAAAUGACUUCUGAUAUUCCCACUUUUAUUAUUAUACCUCAUGAUUUUAAUCUUUCCUUAGAUAUUUGUAGCGGAAAAAAACUAGAAGUUGUUAAAGAUACUAUGACUGAAUAUGCUGAAUUAAUAAAAAGAUAUUAG